UCUUAGCACUCCCAUUUCUCAUAACCAGCCAUGCAAAGGUGCCUUUUUAUUUCUAAAAUAUCUUAUUAUCUAAAUGCAGCUGCCACUCAUGCGAAUAAAUCGUUUGACCUGGUAUCUGUGAGUGAUGUGCUGUUGGAUUCAUCUGUCAUGAAGUACAAUCCGUUGGACUGCCAGAGACCAGAGCUACUUAAUAAGAACCUGGUGGAGGGGAAAAUCCUUCUUUGUGGAUAUUCUUUCAAUUUUGUUUCAGGCGCAGCAUCAAUUAAGAAAGUCUGUCAAACUGCCAAAAGUCUUGGAGCAGCUGGCUUUGUUGUAGCUGUGGAGAAUAGCUAUCCAGGAACUAAAUAUGAUCCUGUUCCCGUUUCUCUUCCCGGGAUUCUGAUUACUGAUGUCAGCCAGACAAGGGAGCUUAUAAACUACUAUAACUGUUCGACCAAAAGAGAUUGGGCUGGGCGGCCAACAGGUUUCUAUGCUACAGCUAGCAUUGCGGAUGGCUUGGCCCCAAUACUUCAUAAUUCUGCUCCCCAGGUGGCAUUAUUCUCUUCUCGAGGACCAGAUGUAAAGGAUUUCAGCUUUGAAGAUGCAGAUGUUCUCAAACCUGAUAUUUUAGCUCCAGGUUCUCUCAUCUGGGCUGCCUGGGCACCAAAUGGAACAGAUGAGGCCAACUAUGAAGGGGAAGGUUUUGCCAUGGUAUCUGGUACAAGCAUGGCCACCCCUCAUAUUGCUGGAAUUGCAGCACUCAUGAAACAGAAAUACCCACAUUGGAGCCCUGCUGCUAUCAAGUCAGCUUUAAUGACGACAGCUAAUACGAUGGACCGAGCUGGUCGGCCUCUUCAAGCGCAGCAAUACUCGGAUACAGAAAUAUUGAUGCUUUCUCCAGCAACACCCUUUGAUUAUGGGAGCGGUGAAGUUGAUCCAAAAGCUGCUCUCGACCCUGGGCUCAUCCUUGAUGCAUGUAAGCCAUCAAACUCCAUGAAGGCAUAAAUAAUAGAGAAAUUUACAUACG